UUAUCCAUCCCGUGCAGACAAAUGGAAACCAGAAAGAUGCGAGCUUUGGGUGUCCUGAUAACCAUGGGCAGCUUUGCCCUCACAGGACUGGUUGUUGGUAAUGCCUACUUCCAGAAGAAACAGUUCUACCCAUCCGUUGUUUAUAUAACAAAGUCAAAUCCGAGCAUGGCGGUGUUAUAUAUCCAGGCAUUUGUGUUUGUUAUAUUGUUUGCAAAGCUGAUGAGGAAAGUGUUCUUCGGCCAGCUCAGGGCUGCAGAAAUGGAGCACCUGAUUGAGCGGUCCUGGUAUGCUAUAACAGAGACAUGUUUAGCAUUUACUGUUUUCCGGGAUGACUUCAGCACAAGAUUUGUAGCAAUGUUUACUUUGUUACUCUUCCUGAAGUGUUUCCAUUGGCUUGCAGAGGAUAGAGUAGAUUAUAUGGAGAGCAGUCCUAUGAUAUCGUGGUUGUUUCACCUACGAGCUCUUGGUCUCCUUGGGAUCCUCGGUGCUUUGGACAUGUACUUUGUGAACCAUGCCUACUACAGUACACUCAUGAAGGGUGCAUCAGUACAGUUGGUGUUUGGUUUUGAGUAUGCCAUCCUCCUGACAGUGAUGAUGACCAUCCUUGUGAAGUACAUCCUGCACAGCAUCGACCUUCAGAGUGAGCACCCCUGGGAGAACAAGGCUGUAUACUUGCUCUACACUGAGCUGGUCAUGGGAUUUAUCAAGGUCAUCCUAUAUUCAGCUUUCAUGGUCAUCAUGAUCAAGGUGCAUACUUUCCCACUCUUCGCAAUCAGGCCGAUGUACUUAACAUUAAGGAGUUUCAAGAAGGCACUGAACGAUGUGAUUAUGUCACGGCGAGCAAUCAGGAAUAUGAACAGUCUUUAUCCGGAUGCUACGCCUGAAGAACUCCAGUCUGGGGAUAAUGUGUGUAUCAUUUGCCGUGAGGAGAUGACAACCAACUGUAAAAAGCUGCCCUGUAAUCAUAUCUUCCACACGAGCUGCUUGCGAUCAUGGUUCCAGCGUCAACAGACAUGCCCCACUUGCCGUAUGGAUGUACUGCGCACACCUCGUCCCCAGACAGAUCAAGCCCAGCAGCAGCAACCUCAGCAACCACAGCAACCUCCACAAGCGAAUGUAUUCCCAGGUUUUAUGGGAAUGGGCUUUCCCAAUUUCCCUCAUCUCCCUCAUGGGUUCCACCCUCAUCAUCCUCAGAUGCCUCAAGCACCCCCUCCAUCAUCGACAGCUGCCAGUGGGACUGGCUCUACCCCCUCAUCAACGACGACCCAGGUGCCCCCAUCAGCUCCCUCAUCAACAAUGCCUGGAACUAUGCCGUUCUUUAUGCCUCCAUUCUUCAAUCCCAUGCCAUUCUCUAUCCCUCCUCCCAUGCCUCCUCCAAACUUUCAAGGCCUGACACAUGCCGAGCUCCAGAUGAUGGAGGGCCAAGAGAGGCAGCAUGUCGAAGCAAGAAUCCAAUGUUUGCGAAAUAUUCAAACGUUAUUGGAUGCAGCUGUGAUACAAAUGCAACAGUAUAGUUCAUUAGUCAAUAAUAUGGGGAUGCAACCUAAUUUAUAUAACGCUCCGGGCAGUGCAACGACAUUGACAACAUCCUCCCCAUCUGCAGACGGCUCCAUUCCUGCCACACAAACAACUUCUCAAAACCCAGAUACUGAUGUUGAAAACUUAAAUUUUGGGAAUUUGCAAGGUGCUGAAGGAGUGACAUUGCCGGCUGAAAAUACUCCCGCUGAGGAAGAAGAUAGCGAACUGAGUGAAAUAAGACGACGGCGCUUAGAUCGAUUCUCUGUACCAGGUACAGCGGAAGAUGAACAGGAGUGUUGAACUGGAUGUGAUAGAAAGACAUUAUCAUAAGCUUCGAAAAAGUUUUAUUAUUUUUGUUGCAUGGACUUUAGUACUUGGCUAUAAGUACAUGAAAGUGAGGCAAAGGUAUCAAUGUUUUCACAGUCAAAGCAAUAAAGAGGAUGAAAUUUGAAUUUGUGUAUUUAUAUAUACUUGACAGGAGGGGGGUCUUGAUUGAGGGUUCAGUCUUCUAUUGGUGACAAAACACUAAGUAGAUUCCUUUCUUUUGAGCUCUGAAUUCAAAAAUCUCAACAAAAUUAGAAUGUAAAGCAUGAAACAUGCGGAAGGCAUUGAUAGCAGUGACUGUUAGGUUUCAUUUAAAGAAUAAAGUACAUACUGGUCUAUCUGAGAACUAGACAUGAAAUUUUUUUGAGUGAAGAAGAAGUUGGAAAUGUUGGGACAUUGGGCUGUCACCUGUUCCUUGGUGAGUAGGUCUGGGGUAUCAAAUAGCAUUUGCACGAAUAUUUGAUGCAGGGUGUCUCUAAAUUCAUGGUGCCAAUUGCACUGGUGUGAUAAUUAUUGUGUUGCAUUUGUGGAAAAUUACUCUUCACGGAGAGUAUAAUAAUAUAUUGUAGAAAUUCACCUGUAUAGAUUCAGUUACUGAUAUGUGUAUGUUUUGUAUAUCAGGCUAAUGGGGGGGAUCGGCAACAAAUGUAGACCAGAAUCUCUUCGUGUUUUCUGGACUGAAUGGUACAUUCUGACAUGUGACAUUGGGUGACAUGAAUAAAGACUAGCAAAUGCUUUUACUUCAGUUUUGUACAGAGAGGCCAAGUGUAAAUGUACAUGGAGUUUUAGAUAAAAGCAUUUACUACUCUUUAUUCAUAUCACCCAUUAUAUCAGCCCUGGCUUCAGUCUGGGUGAUUUUAUUUAUUUACUUCAUGUAGAGUAUAGAUUUAUUUUGAGGAUAUGCACACAUUUUCAUUUUAAAAGGUGAACUUUCCUGCAUUUUGAAUAUGUUCUGCUUUUCUGAAUAUUUUCUUGCUCUGUAGGGAUUGGGUUAAUGAUACACUAAUUCAUCAGCUUCAUGGCUAAUGGGUUGAUAUAAGACCUACAUGUGUGAAUUUGUAUUGGUGCCUUUGAACAGUAGCAAGACUUGGAAAAUUUUCUGACUAUUUGGGUGGGUGGGUGUGAGUCUUAUGUUCUCUGGUUUGAAACUUCAAGUCACUGAAGCAUCUUAGGUCACUGUUUAUAUCGGGUCAAAUUGACUGGCUGUUUAUAUAAGCUUUGAACUGAAUCAUCAAGGGAAUUUCAAUCUUCGCAUUACAUUCUAACCAAUCAGUUUUAUGACCAGGGCUACUUGAUGUAGUUACAUGUUACGGUCAUGGUGUGCUGUACAUGAUGGCCUACACACAACCUGUGAGAGUUAGCCAUAUUGUGGCUACUCUUCUGGCACAACAUGUCAUCAAAGAUUACUUGUCUAGCUCUAUCCACUCUUCAGCACCAUAACCACUUUCUUGUACAAAGAUUAUCAUCAUUGUUCUAAGGUGUUAAUGUUCACGUCCAGAAACAUUCGUGGACUACAAUAAAACUUUUGCAAUAACA